UUACACCAAUCGGUGUCGUGGGGUGCCUGUGCCGUGUCAUCGAAACUUAAUUACACGUCGUAUACACUAUACAUUGAACGAUUUACCUAUCAGUGUGUUGCAACGUCGGCAACUUUUUAUUGUUUAUACAAAAUUAUAUUAUUUUUCAAUAUGUCGUCCGUUGAAGAAACUUCUCAACUUAAAGCUGGACAUCCCCCGGCAGUGAAAGCUGGUGGCAUGAGGAUCACACAGCACAAGACCCCUCAUUCAAAAGAUGGCAAAGAACCAGCAAAUGAAGACUUAACCGGUCUAUCUGGACCAUCACCCGUGCCUUCCAACCCCGUGUCUAUCUCAGGAGCACCCAAUAGAGGCAAUGCAGACUUCACUCCGGAAGCUGCGCAAGUGGCCCACAGUCCUAAGCCUCCGGCACAUAUUAACUUUAAGCCCCAGACCAAUAUCCAACAGCCCAGGAAGUAGACAUCAUAUUACAAGGACUUCAUGGCCCCAAUUCUAUUAUUUACAAUUGCUAAUGAAUGAAUGGAAAUUGAAUUAAAUGACACUAUUUGUAUUUUCCUUAGAAUUUUGUUACCGCAGUAAUUGAAAAUUCAGUAAAGGGCGGAUUACUCAACACAUGUGAAUUUCUUGUUAUUGUGUUGAUAAAAUGGUUACGAGAAUAGUGUAAUCCAAUUUCCAUUCAAUCAUUGGUUAUAUAACGGAAUUGGGGCACAGGUAGUUGGGUAGAUUUACAGAUUUUAGAUCAAAUUGGGUAUUUGACAAAAAGGAACUAAGAAGUCCGCCAGAUAAAUUUCCCAGAAAUAUGGAUAACUUUUCUUAACCCCCACUACUAUAUGUUUCAUCAUAAGAUGUAAUUAAAUAAAAAAUACAUAUCCCAUAUUUUUGGUAAACCUGUCUGCUGGACUGCUUCGGUUUGUUUAGUCAAAUAUCCUAUUGUAUUCAUCAUGAUAAUAUUAUAACAAUAGUAAUUAAAAUCCCCAAGCCCCUUUAGAGGAAUGACAUUUCAACAAUCAUUAGUGCCUACUGAUAAAACUGAAACUUGAAUGCAUGAAGGUGACAAUUCUAAGUUAUGAAUAAUCAAAACAAAAUGUCAACUCCAUACAUUUGAAUAUUAAAUUAUAAAAAAAAAUGUCUUCCAAAAACUGUAUGAGAAUUAUCAAAAAAAAAUGUUUAUUCUUUAACAAUCACCUUUUACAUUCAGUCUUACAUAGAGACCUCCUUUUAAGUAAGCAUAUACCUGUGUUAGGAGGCCCCGCUCUUCAAACAAUAAGGAAACUAAAAUUUAGUGAAAAUAUCUCUAGAUUUUGAAUUGACACAAAAUCAAAUCAUUCCAUAUUAAAUACAUCAAUGUUAUUGAUAUCACAAAGGUGAAUACUCCAAAAAGUUGUUACACAAUUGUAAUAUCUGUCCAUUUAUCUAUCUACCUUGAUAACUUGUCUUGUUUACAUUAGGUAUUUAAUGCAAACAAUAAUUUUGAAUAUGUGAUAAACUAUUUUCAUUACA